AUGGAAACUACUAUGCAAGAAUCCGGAAAUUCACUUCCCGAGUCGAACUCCGAGCAAAAUAUGUAUUAUGAUCUAGUUUUUCCAAAAAGGAAGAGAUCAAAGGCAACGGAAGCAGGGGGCGAUAGAGCAAGAAUGCGUCUCGAUGAAAUUAAUCAGGGUACUGGCAAACGUACAUGCAACUCAGCUCCAAUCCCGACUUGCCCAAGGGUGGUUAUAUCGGCUAAGAACGAUAUUCAUGUGCAGCCAAAUCCACCUUCGUCUUCUCUCAUCAACGAAUUCGAGUCAAUUACGGACCACUUUAUAGACUUUACAAAUAAACAGGAUGACUUAUCAGACAUAUCAGAAGACGACGAAACUACACAACUUAACACACUAUUGGGUACAAUAACCGAAUGUGAAAGAUUUCUGGCAUCUGUCAAGAAGAAUGCUGUCGCUUACCGAGACUCGACAGCAGAGCUCCGCGCCAAGCUACAGGUUGCCGAUACGGAAUCGAAAGAAUCGGCAGCAGCAUUUACUGGAGAAAUUAUGUAUCUCAAAAAAGAUAUCAAGGCGCGCGAUGAUGAAAUUGCGAGGUUGAGAGGGGUGACUGAUAGAUUGAGUCGGCAGAAACAUCAGAAUGCAAAGCUUGUUCUAAGGAAUGCGAAGCUAGAAUCAACGGUGGAGGUGCAAUCUGCAAAGUUAAAGAAGCUUGAAAAUUGGAGAACGCAGAUGCGGAGGAUUUUGAGCGAGGAAGAUGCUGAAUCAUGA